UUGGGUUCUUUCCAUUACUGUGUACCGUAUAUUAUAUUAUUUACUUUGCCAAGUGAUUUACAAACGCACCUGCAGAAGCAGCGAGAACGCUGACAAUUCUUUUGAGUAUCUGCGCCAUCUAGGAUGAGGUGUAUCAACUGCAGAAUGCACAAAUCACAACCUAUAGGUAACGUUAUCAAAUGAAACCGUCAGAUCACAAUGUUCGGCGCAAUCAUCAGAUGUCACUCAAAUUUAUUGACAUGUCCCCUGUGAUUUCGCCGGCCAAACAGUUAUGUUAUAUAUGUUUUGUGCUAACAACUAACAAUAAGCAAUGUGGUGAAAUUUUACGUAACUUUCAUAAAUUUCGGCUAGUGUUCGUAAAUACUGUUUACUUCGAGUGUGGGCGCAUCCAAAACGCAUGCCUGCAUUUGUAGCAAAAAAGACCGUCGUGAACGAAUAAACGUGCAAGCGACUUGUAAAUGUAAACAUUAUCUGUGCGUCCCUGUGACGGAAAAUGUUUCAUGAACAGCUGAUUUCUGAGGAAAGGGGCAUCUGCUAAGAUCGUACCAAAUGAACGGCUUUAGCACGGGAGAAGAAGACUCUAGGGGACCCACCGACCAAAUCUGUUGUCUCAUAGAGAACGGGGAAAGGUGUGCAAAGCCCGCAGGGAACGCGUCCUAUAGCAAAAGGGUUCAGAAGACCGUCACACAAAGGCGGCUCAACUUGAAUAUUGACAACUCUGCUCGCCACAUUUACAUCUGUGACUUCCACAAAAUGAUCAUCCAGUGCGCUCGAAAUAAAAGGCGACGGAAGGACUCCGAGGAUGAUUCGAAUGAAACGGACACGGAUGUUCCAGAAGUGGAUCUGUACCAGCUGCAGGUGAAUACUUUGAGGCGGUACAAGCGGCAUUAUAAGGUGCCCAUGCGCCAAGGACUGAACAAGGCACAGCUUGCUGAUGCUUUGAUGAAGCAUUUCAAGACAAUCCCCGUAAAGGAGAAAGAAGUAGUGACUUUCUUCAUCUACACUGUGAAAACGAACGCCAAUAAACUGGACCAAAAAAAUGGCAUCAACAAUGACACAAAUUGAGGAGCGUUUUUGUGCAAUCCAUGCAAUUAUGUAUUUAUAAUAUUGCACCAUAGCAUUAAGAAAGUAAUACUUAAAUAUUGUUUUUACGUUUAUUGAUUGUAAUUGAACAUUUUUUUAAAUAAAAAAUCACGAAAUAUAAAAUAAAAGUAAUCUCAAGUUAA